AAAACCAGUCAGUCAUCCCUGCAUGUAAACUGGAGUAAGCCAGAGAGAAACCUUAGGUGUCAAGACAACAGCACCUCAAUCUCAAAGGUUGAAACAAUGGAGAACGUGCAGCCAGCAAACACAGAAUUUGCCCUCAACUUUUUCAAGCAUCUGAGUCAAACAAAUAAUAACCAGAAUGUCUUCUUUUGCCCUUGGAGCAUCUCAUCUACCUUAGCCAUGGUCUAUAUGGGCGCUGAGGGUAAUACGGCAGACCAGAUGGCAGAGGUACUUCAGUUCAAUAAGGCUGGAGGAGAUGAGGUUGACAUCCCUAAGGCCGUACGAAAGGAUACAGACUGUGGGAUGAUGCAGCAGAUCCAGAGGAAAAACUACCCUCUGGCCAUUCAGAAGGCUCAAGCUGGAAACAAUAUCCACUCCUCCUUCAAGGUUCUCAGCACUGCUAUCAACCAACCUUCAGAUAAUUAUCUUCUUGAAAGUGCCAAUAAACUCUUUGGAGACAAGUCCUCAGGAUUCAAGGAAGAAUACCUGAAGCGUUGCAAGGAAUAUUACUCUGCAGAACCACAACCUGUUAACUUUAGAGAUGAGAAUGAAGCUAGAAAGGAGAUCAAUUCCUGGGUUGAAACUCAGACAAAAGGCAAAAUUCCAGAUCUGUUACCUGAGGGGUCUGUGAAUGUCGAUACCAGGCUGGUUCUGGUAAAUGCUGUUUACUUCAAAGGAAAAUGGAAAACUCCAUUCCAGAGUAAAGCAAAGAGACCACAGCCUUUCCGAGUGAACUUGACUGAGCGUAAACCCGUAGAGAUGAUGCACCUACAAGCCGAGUUGCACAUUGGCUACAUAAAGGAGCUGAAGGCUCAGAUUCUGGAACUCCCUUAUGCUGGUGAUGUCAGCAUGUUUGUCCUGCUUCCUGAUGAAAUUGCUGACUCUUCCACGGGCUUGGAAUUGCUAGAAAAAGAAAUAACCUACAAUAAACUUAAUGAGUGGAUCAAAAACGCCACGAAGGAGAGUGAUGUUCAUGUUUUCCUGCCCAAGUUCAAGUUGGAAAAGAAAUAUCGACUCGAGUCCAUCCUGAAGGGCAUGGGAAUGAAAGAUGCCUUUAGCAAAAGCGAAGCCAAUUUUUCAGGGAUGUCAGAAGGAAAUGAUCUCUUUCUGUCUGAAGUGUUUCACCAAGCUGCAGUAGACGUCAAUGAAGAGGGCACGGAGGCAGCUGCUGGCACUGGGGCUGUCAUGGCAGGGCGAACUGGCUAUGUGGGACUGCGGUUCGUAGCAGAUCAUCCUUUCCUUUUCUUUAUCAGGCAUAACAAAACCAAUACUAUCCUUUUCUUUGGCAGAUUCUGCUCCCCCUAAAAUAGAAACAUUCUGUCUUUGCACAGGAUCUUAUACCAUGAGCAGCAAACCUCAAAACCGUUAUCUAGCAGCGCAACAGCCCAGAGGCUUUUCAUCAUGUUCCUCUUUCUCUGGGCAAGUUUUGUAGAUUAGAGAUGACUAACUGCUCUAGUUGCUUAAAUAGAAAUGGAAAGAAUGGUUUGCCCACUUGAAUUGCGUGAGCAUUGGCUUGGCUGCUCACUGUUAGUUUAUUGUAGAAUAUAGUUUUUAUAGUGUUAUUUUAUUUUAUAAAUAUGGUUAUUUUAUAAUAUGGUAUUUUAUAAGUAUUAACUGCCAUUUAUCUGAGUAUAAAACUAAUGAAGCCACAGUCUGCCAAUAGGAAAACUGGUUUGCUAAUAAUGCGUUCAAGUCAUUAUUUUCUGCAAUUAAUGGUUGGAAAAUAUCCUCCUUCAUCAACUCAAUCAGUAUAACUAAAAUGUACAAAGAAAAAACUUUUGAAGGAAAAUUAAGCUGUAUGUUAAUAUACAUGUCAUGUAGAUUUCCAAUAUCAGCGCAGAGAUGUAACUGAAAUGGCCAAGCAAAU